UAGCCUUAAAGGGAUUAUAGAAACCGUAGCCUUUCGGUCAGCCCCAAAUUAUCAAACCCUAAAUCCUACGAGUAUCCAUCCGCUGUCGUCGAGCUCGAUUUGCAGGCAACGGCGGGCGAGAUUUCGACUUUGAUUUACCAGAUUUGGUUGAUUUGGCAACUUCUUUUGGACAUACGCCAUAAUGUCGAAGCGAGGAGGAGAAGAAGGGGAAGAACAGACGAAGAAGAAGAGAGAGGAUAGAACUGAAAAUUCAAAGCAAUUACCGAACUACCUUUCGCAUGAAAUCAUCGACCAAAUACUCUCCAGACUACCCGUCAAGUCUCUGUUACGAUUCAGGUGUGUUUGCAAAUCAUGGUGCUCUUUGAUUUCCGAUUCGAAUUUCGUUAAAACCCAUCUUAGUUGUAUGUCAAGAUCUGAAGAAGAUGAUUAUAAGCACUACAAAAUCAUUUCGCAUAGUCCUUGUGAUGGUUAUCUUCUCGAGUCUUGGUCUCUUUAUUCUGUAUUGUAUGAGAAAUCCUUUAAGCCCGAUCUUGCAUUGCAUUUGAAGAAUAUGCAUCGUGAGUUCUCGUUCGUGGGUUCUUGUAAUGGGUUGCUCUGUAUAAAAUUUCUAGAUGAAGUUUUCAUAUGGAACCCAUCCAUUAGAAAAUCCAAGAGAUUGCCUGAUUCAGGCAUGAGUGUGGGGACAUAUGGAUUUGGUUAUGAUGAGUCCAUUCUUGAUUACAAGGUAGUAGGAGUCUUUUGGCGUACAGGUUUUUUGGUUCCCCAAGUCAUGGUUUAUACAUUAAAGAGUGAUACUUGGAGAAGGAUUCAGGACUUCCCUUGUAAGCAACCACCUUUGGGUUCUGGUAAAUUUGCGAACAAAGCUCUCCAUUGGCCUGUUUGGGGACCAAAUUAUUCUUGGGUGAUUGUUUCUCUUGAUUUAGCAAAGGAGAUAUACGAGGAGGUGGCGCAACCUAAGUACGAAGAUGUUGCAGAAUCUGAAGAUGGUCAGAUUGUUUCUCUUGAUUUAGCAAAGGAAACAUACAAGGAGGGGGCGCAACCUAAGUACGAAGAUGGUGAAGAAUCUGAAGAUGGUGAAGAAUCUGAAGAUGAGGAUUUCAAUUUGUAUUUGGGGAUUUUAAAAGGAUGCUUAUGUGUGCAGCGUAACUACCAUGGAACUCGUGCUCGUGCUGAUCUAUGGGUCAUGAAGGAAUUUGGUGUGAGAGAUUCUUGGACUAAAUUAGUCAGCAUCCCCUAUACCUAUUUCUAUUUCUAUUUGACAGAUUCGGAGGAGGUUGGGUACUCGCUACCAUUGUGCAUUUCUAAAAAUGGUGAAAUUCUGUUGGUAUUAGAUUCUCUAAUUAUAUAUGAUUUAAAAAAGAAUACAUUGAGGUUUCCUUCCUAUAGCGGCUCUAUUUUCCAAUUGGAGACUUAUGUUGAGAGCCUUGUUUCACCUAGUGCUGACAAUGAGCUUCAGGAGUACCAUUAAUUAACAAUUUUUCAAUAGAAAAGGUGGUAGGAUUCUUUCGUGGCACAAGUCGUUUGGUUCCCCAAGUGAAGGUCUAUACAUCAAGGACUGAUACUUGGAGAAGGAUUCAGGACUUCUCCUGGGAGAAACCUCUGGAAUCUGGUAAAUUUGCAAACGAAGCUCUCCAUUGGUCUGUUGGAGUCAGUACCGGAUCAAAUUAUUCUUGGGUGAUUGUUUCCCUUGAUUUAGCGAAGGAGACAUACAAGGAGGUGGCACAACCUAAGUUCGGAGAUGGUGUUUGCAGAGAUGAUGCUAACCAUCGUCUUUAUGGAGAUGGUGAUUACAUUUUGUGGUUGGAGAUUUUGAGAGGAUGCCUAUGUGUGCUGAUGUAUAGGUCAUGAAAGAAUAUAGUGUGAAAGAUUUUUGGACUAAAUUAAUCAGCAUCCCUUAUUUGACAGAUCCCGGGUUUUAUCAGUACUCAGUACCAUUGUGCGUCUCUAUGAAUGGUGAAAUUUUGUUGGAAAUCAGAUUAUCUUUAGAGUUAAAUGAUUCAAAAGAGAGUACAUUUAGGUAUCCUUCCAUUCCUAAUUUACAUUCUUUUCUCGAAGUGGAUACUUAUGUUGAGAGCCUUGUUUCACCUAGUGCCGACAAUGAGCUUCAGGAGUCCCAUUAAUUAACCAAAACAAAAAAUGUUGAACCACCACCUCAUUUAUAACAUACAGUUUUUGUUGUAGCACUUCAUCUUUAGCUCUUCUGCACGAGAGCCUUUUGACAUUUCUUUUGAAAUCAUUUGAAUUUUUUUAUAUUUUAUUUCAUUGUAAGAUACCGGAUGAUUUUUGUUUAAAUUAUCUCGAUAAUUUUAGCAUUUUUAUAUAUUGUUCUUUUAGUUUUUUUUUUUUUUUUAAAAAAAAAAAUCACGUUUCAGAUGAAUGAGUUUCUUGUAGUUUAAAAAGUCUUUGGGCUGUGGUUAGUUUAUGAUUGCUGCCAUAAACUUACAACUCUAUCUGGACAAUAUUUUUGGUUGCGAAGUCGCAACUCUAUCUGCCUGC